CACACACACACACACACAGACCUGCGGGGCCAACCCGAGCAAGAAGCAGCUUAUUCAGAUCCUUUUCACCGCCGAGAGAGGCUCCGUACAAUACCGGCUGACCGCUGUGACUUUGAGAGGACGGACACGGAGACAGAGACAGACAGAGACAGAGACAGGGACAGAGACAGCGCCUUUUUCUGGGUUGUUUGACACGAGUGAACCUGCACCACUUGUCCUCCCCCCACACAGACCUGAAGGAAGCUGGAAGCUAACAAAGUUCAACAUCUCCGCGCUCGUUUGGAGGAUAGCUGUGAGGUUUUAUUUAACACUUUAUGAACAAUGCGAGUUAGUUAAACUAACAAGCUGUUGGUUAAAAGAAGAAGUGGUAGUUUAGAAAUAACCUUAAACAGGUGUUUGGAGUAUUUUUUUUUUUCUUCUUUUCAUGGAAGCGUCCGGAGGUUUGGGCGUGUCUGUGAGCAGGCCUCCUCGGCUUUGUUUCUUCGGUGUGUGCCAUCCAUCUCAUCAUGGACAGCCUGCUGAGCGGGGCCAGUAAAGGGGCCAGUGCCCUUCAGUCAGAACAGGCUUCAUCACGUCAUAGAUGCCACUUGCUGUCUUUUCCUCUGUUUGACUGACUGUUACGGAAACAAUAAAGCCUAAAUUCCUCUCUGCUUGAACAAAAGAGCCAUGCAUCCGCUGCUGUCCCUCACUGUCUUUUGGCUGCUGCCCCUGGCCUUGACGCUGGAAGAAGACUCACCACUAGAUUGUGUCCCCCGUAGAUCUGUGCCCUAUCAUAGGGACAAUGCUCUCCUCUUUCGUGAAGAGGGAGUGUUCAACUACUCCACCAUGCUGUUGAGAGAAGAUCUGGGCCUGCUCAUGCUGGGUGCCAGUGAGGCAGUGUACGCUCUUGACCUCAACGACGUCUCCAAGAAACUUGCUUCAGUCAAAUGGGAAGUGACUCAAGAGCAAAAAGAAGGGUGUAAAAACAAAGGGAAAGAUCCUGAGAUGGACUGCAAGAACUAUAUCAGGAUCCUUCAUGAGACAGAAGAUAACAGGAUGUAUGUGUGUGGAACCAAUGCCUUUGACCCUGAGUGUGAUUACAUGUCGUAUGCAAAUGGAAAGCUGACUCUUGAGAAGAAAGGUGAGGAUGGCAAAGGAAAAUGUCCAUUUGAUCCUUUCCAGAGAUAUGCCUCCAUCAUGUUUGAAAACAGCCUGUACUCGGCCACUUCAAUGAACUUCCUGGGCUCUGAACCCGUCCUGAUGCGCAGCUCUCCUGUCUCCAUACGCACCGAGUUCAAGAGCUCCUGGCUUCAUGAGCCCAACUUUGUUUCCAUGGCUGAGAUGCCAGAGAGCGAGAUGAGCGCGGAGGGAGAUGAUGACAAGGUUUACCUGUUCUUCAGUGAGACAGCUGUGGAGUGUGACUGCUACAACAAACUGGUGGUUUCCCGCGUGGCCCGCGUCUGCAAGGGGGAUCUUGGAGGUCAGAGGACCUUGCAGAAGAAAUGGACAUCCUUCCUGAAGGCUAGAAUGGACUGUCCAGUGCUCGAGUCUCAGCUGCCGUACAUUAUCCAGGACACUUACCGCUGGUGUGACCCCCAGCGGCCCUGGAAGGACUGUUUGUUCUACGCUGUCUUCACACCGCAGUCGGACACAUCAGACCUGUCUGCAGUGUGUGCGUACCGCGUGUCCGACAUCAGCAAAGUGUUUGCAGAGGGGAAGUACAAGAGCCCAGUCCCCGUAGAAACCUCUUUUGUUAAAUGGGUGAUGUAUAGCGGAGAGGUCCCCGUCCCUCGGCCCGGAGCUUGUAUAAACAAUGAGGCUCGUAACGCGGGCAUAACUCAGACUCUGGACCUCCCAGACCGGACUCUUCAAUUUAUCAAAGAUAGGCCCCUCAUGGACCAAGUUAUCCAGCCAAUAGGAGAGAAGCCUCUGAUGGUGCGAAGAGGAGCAAAAUUCACCCGUAUCGUAGUGAACCAAGCACAGGCCGCAGAUGGCGAGAAGUACGAAGUGAUGUUCAUAGGCACAGAGGAAGGCACGUUGCUGAAAGCAGUGAACUACAAUGGCGAGAUGUUCAUCAUAGAGGAAAUCAGACUCUUCCAGCCUCCGGAGUCAAUCAAGAUUCUGAAAUUCUCUAAUGUCACGGGUCAACUCUACGCAGGCUCAGACUACGGAGCAGUACAGAUACCGCUGGCCACCUGUGGGAGGUCUUUGUCCUGUAUGGACUGUGUGCUAUCCAGAGACCCAUACUGUGGCUGGGACAAAGUUUCUGGGAAAUGCAUUCUCCUUUCUAGUUCCCAGAGUGAACUAAUCCAAAGUGUGAAGGAAGGAGAUGCCUCUCUUUGCCCACAUGCUGAUCCUGUUAAGCCCUUGAAUCAUUCCAUCUGGCCCGGAGGAAACCUGAAGCUGCGUUGCCUUUCGCCUUCCAGCCUGUCAGAAAUCUUCUGGGAGCGGGGCGGCAGGCGCCUGACUUCUGCGCCUCGCCUUCAGCUUCUCCGAGAUGGACUGCUUAUCCUCAACGCCUCGGAUUCCGACACUGGUCUGUACCGCUGCCUCUCUGUGGAGCGCUCCAAAACCGGCGAGUACACCACCACUGUGGCAGAGUACCAGGUUAGCACAGGUCCUGGCACUGGUGAUGGGAACGUGAUUCUCCCUGAGGCUCGGACCGACGGCCCCUCUGUGGCAGGACUGCAGGCCACAAUCGUGCUUCUUGCCGUUUCUCUUCUUGCCCUUUUGGCCUGGAACUUUUACAACGGUCACAUACCACUCCCCUGGAACUGCGGAAAGAAUAGAGAACAACCCCGGGAGCAGGGGGGUGAAAACUCCAGCGUGACCUACCAAGGUGCACCAAGGCUCGCACUGGCAGAGGACAAGCCUCUGGUGUCAGAAAGAGACAACGGCACCAGCAAUAACAACCACGCCAGAGAGGAGGCGGCGGCGGCGGCACUCAGUGCUGCAGAGGAGGAGAAUGACACCUCAAAAGUUAAUCUGCAAUCUCUGCAGUUUGAUGAAGAGUCAGAAAUUUGAAAAAGUUACUGUAUUGACUGUUGAAUGAGAUGUUUAAAGACAGAACUAUUGGAUUCAGCAGUUCAGGUGUUGAAACUUUGUUUUUUGACUAUGAAAUGUGAGCACAGAUGAACACACCAAAAGCUUCUACAGUUUUGUUUUUUUACAAGAGACACUUGAAUUUUUGCAUCACUUUUUGUAUUUUAGUACAAUUUUAGUUCUGUACAAAUUGUUGUAAAUCCUGUUUUUAGAAUGAAUUAACUUUCAAAGAUUGUCACAACGAAAUGUACGAUAAUUGAAAUUGAGCCAUUUCACUUCUAACCACUAGAUGCAAAGAUUUAGUUUUAUCUUAUUAAACCAUGUCUCUCUGAU